AUGGAAGAUUGGGAUAAUGAAUAUUCAGCUAUUGAAGAAACUGGCAAAGUUUUCGGUGGUAGGGGUCGUGGAUUUAUAACUAAAAAUGCUCACAAACAAUUUCAGGCCAAAGUUGGAAAGAAAAGUCAAGAUAAUUUUACUUCUAAUAGUAAUAAGUUUGAUCAUGACGAAGAAGAGAAUUUUUAUAAUUUUAAAACUAGUAAUCAAGAUAGUUUUAAACCAGACAAAGAGAAAAAUAAGUUAAUUAAACCCAAAUCUACAUACAUUCCUGAUGAUCCUACUGAAGAUGAUAAUGAAAUAUUUGGAAAUCAUAUAUCAUCCGGAAUUAAUUUUGAAAAGUAUGAUGACAUUGAAGUAAAAGUCUCUGGGAAAAAUCCUCCUAAAUCCAUUAACUCUUUCAACGAAGCUGGAUUAUGUUCGACUUUGAUUAAUCUAAUAAAUAAAUGUCAAUACCACAAACCUACUCCAAUUCAGAAGCAUUGCAUUCCGAUAAUAAUGAGUGGUAGAGACUUGAUGGGAUGCGCUCAAACGGGAUCUGGAAAAACGGCAGCAUUUUUAAUUCCUAUUAUAAACAAACUAUUAGAAAAAAAUCAAAUCAUGUCAAAAAGUUCCUUUUGCACACCUGAAGUAAUUAUAAUGACUCCCACGAGGGAAUUAACUAUUCAAAUUUUUGAAGAAGCCAGAAAAUUUUCCAGAGGAACUUUUUUAAAAGUUGCUUUAACUUAUGGAGGAACAGCUGUUUUUCAUCAAGUUGAAAAAAUAAAAAAUGGUUGCAAUAUUUUAGUAGCCACUCCUGGUCGAUUGCUUGAUUUUGUUCAGCGAGGUAUAAUUGACUUUUCCAUGACUGAAUUUUUAAUUCUUGAUGAAGCGGAUAGAAUGUUGGAUAUGGGAUUUAUUUCAGAAAUAAAAAAAAUGAUCAAUCAUCCUACAAUGAAAUCAUCAAGCCAGAGACAAACAUUAAUGUUUUCAGCGACAUUUCCUAGUGAAGUUCAACACUUAGCCAAAACAUUUCUUAAUAAUUAUUUAUUCGUAGUAGUUGGAAUUGUUGGGGGAGCAUGUUCAGAUGUUGUACAAAAAUUUUUUUCCGUUUCGAAAUUUCAAAAAAGAAAUAAACUUAUUGAGUUAUUGGAAUCGAAUGGAAGUUCGAAAUGUUUAGUUUUUGUUGAACAAAAGCGAACAACUGAUUUUAUAGCCACGUUUCUGUGUGAAAAAAAUUUUCCGGCUACUUCCAUUCACGGUGACAGAGACCAAAGAGAAAGAGAAGAAGCUUUAAGAGAUUUUAAAACUGGAAAAAUGGAUAUUUUAGUUGCUACGAGUGUAGCAGCAAGAGGAUUGGAUAUCAAAAAUGUUGCUCACGUUGUGAAUUUUGACUUACCGAAAACAAUUGAUGAAUACGUGCAUAGAAUAGGUAGAACAGGUAGAGUGGGUAACAGAGGUCUUGCAACAAGUUUUUACGAUCCUUUAUGCGAUUCUCAUUUAGCCCCAGCUCUGGUAAAAAUUUUGAGUCAAGCCGGUCAAGAAAUACCUGAUUUUCUUCUUGAAUUUAAAGAAACCGAGAUUGGAUUCGGUACAUCGAAUUUUGGUGGAAAAGAAGCUUUCGAAGAUGAAGAAUGGUAA